CGCACUGAUUCCCGAGAUUGACAGCUCUUACCGUCGCCUCCGUUUGACUCCAAGGAGGAAAAGGAGAAAUAACAAAAUAUAUAACAACAAAAGCUCCUUGCAGUUCUUACAGUUGAACUUCUCCGAAAGAACGGGAUUCCCUCCUCAUGGCCCGUGGAAACGCCAGAAGGCGUUAGUUUACCCCCCUCUCUUUAUAGCUGUUGUCUUUUUGUUGUUACAAACAUCGGAACGGGAUACCGCGUGGACCGCCGUUUGUCCUUUCCAAACGGACAACAUUAAGAUCAUUUUCAUGAAUUCAGAAGCAGUUCUGCAGUGAUUAGCGGGUUCCGGGGCUCGAUUCUCUCUCCUUCCCGGAGACGCGCUCGGCUGGCUCUCUAGAGCUCUGGGUUGUUUUCUCGCUGUGUCACCGUGGUGACCGGGAGGAGGGGGUCUCACACCCUGCAGGAGAGUCCUCACAGGGCACACACUUUCUCUUUCGCUGUCUCACACACACACACACACACACACUUACACACACACACACACACACUUGUUAUCUCUCCCUCCUUCAGUCUGGUGGGAGGAAGAGGAGCCUGUCACACCAGCCACAAAACCCCACAGCCCGAAAGGCACUGUCCCGUCACCAUGACGAUGUCCCUAUCUGUGGUAAAUCUCCAGCCCUCCUGCAGCAGAAUUAUGUCUUCCACGCCGGCCGCCUCCCCGUUUGCCCCAGACAGAGAGGACCCGCCCGGGCAGGACCCCAUGUGCUGGGACCCAGAGGACGCCCCCCCCCCCCUGCCCCCACACACCCUGUGUGAGGACCUCCCCCCACAGACAGAGUGGGACAGCCUGGUGUCAGCCCAGCAACGCCUGGAAUGUGACAGCAGUAAGGUGUGCUCCCUGUACUCCAUACGGAAUAACUCUACCUCUCCACACAAGCCUGAGGAGCGCCCUGACCUGCUGCCCGGAUCCGCCUUCGGAACGCCGGAGCGCCGCAAGGGAAGCCUGGCCGAUGUGGUGGACUCUCUCAAACAGAAGAAGCUGGAGGAGAUGACCAAGACCGAGCACGACGACUCCCCCUGUGUGGAGAAGCUUCUCUCCAGGGACUGGAAGGAGAGGAUGGAGCGUCUGAACACCAGCGAUCUGCUGGGAGAUGUCAAAGGCACAGGGGAGGGCAUGGUGGAGAAGGAGAGGCAGCUGUCCACCAUGAUCUCCCAGCUCAUCAGCCUGAGGGAGCAGCUCCUGGCUGCGCAUGAUGAGCAGAAGAAGAUGGCCGCCUCGCAGAUGGAGAAGCAGCGGCAGCAGAUGGAGCUGGCCCGCCAGCAGCAGGAGCAGAUUGCGAGGCAGCAGCAGCAGCUUCUCCAGCAGCAGCACCGGAUCAACCUCCUGCAGCAGCAGAUCCAGGUCCAGGGUCACGUGCCCCCGCUCAUGAUCCCCAUCUUCCCCCAUGACCAGCGCUCUCUGGCCGCCCAGCAGGGCUUCCUCUUCCCCCCAGGGAUCACGUACAAGCCAGGUGAGAACUACCCGGUGCAGUUCAUCCCGUCCACCAUGGCAGCUGCUGCAGCAUCUGGACUGAGCCCUCUACAGCUACAGGCCGGUCUGUUCUGUGCUCAGAUGGCUGGACUGUGUGACAGGCAACUAUACGCCGCCCAACUGGCCAGCAUGCAGGUCUCUCCUGGAGCCAAAAUGGCGUCCCUCCCCCAGCCCUGCAUCUCCCCCACCAGCCUGAAGAGCGAGAAGAGGUCCUGCAGCCCUGUCACUCAAAUCAAGGAUGAGGGCACGCAGCCCCUGAACCUCUCCUCUCGGCCCAAGACAGCGGAUCCCCCCUCCCCCACACACAACCUGUUCCCCGGCAGCAAGACCCUCAACAACCUGAGCAAGGCGGGCAUUCCCAGCCCCCUCAGGAGUACACUGGGCCGAACAUCAUCUCUGGACAUCCUGUCGAGCCUGAACUCCACGGCGCUGCUGGGGGACCAGGACGCGGUGAUGAAGGCCAUCCAGGAGGCCCGCAGGAUGAGGGAGCAGAUCCAGAGGGAGCAGCUGCUCCAGCAGGGCCUGGACUCCAAACUCAGCCUGUCUGGCCUGGGACUCAACCACUGCAGGGGCGACAAGGAGAGGCCUGAUUAUGAGAGUCUGACCUGUCUGGGGAAGCUGGCUGAGGACGGGAAGGGACACCGAGUCAUCGACCUGACCCGCCCAGAGGAGCUGGAGGGGGGCGCCAGCUCGGCUGAGGCGCGGGUGUUCCGGGAGGCUCGGGGGCGGGGCAGCAGCGAGCCGCACAUCAAACGGCCCAUGAACGCCUUCAUGGUGUGGGCCAAGGAUGAGCGCCGCAAAAUCCUCCAGGCCUUCCCCGACAUGCACAACUCCAACAUCAGCAAGAUCCUCGGCUCCCGGUGGAAGUCCAUGACGAACCAGGAGAAGCAGCCAUUUUAUGAGGAGCAGGCCCGGCUCAGUAAGAUCCACCUGGAGAAGUACCCCAACUACAAAUACAAGCCCCGCCCCAAACGCACCUGCAUCAUCGACGGCAAGAAGCUGCGCAUCGGCGAGUACAAGCAGAUGAUGCGCUCCCGCCGCCAGGAGAUGCGCCAGUUCUUCACCAUGGGGCAACAGCCACCAAUCCCCAUCAGCACCAGUGGAGGUGUGGUCUACCCUGGUGCGAUCACCAUGGCGACCCCCACCCCCUCCCCCCAGAUGACAUCAGACUGCUCCAGUAACUCGGCGAGUCCAGAGCCGGUCGUCCCGGUGAUCCAGAGCACCUAUGGGGCGGGGCCACUGCCCAGCCAGCCAAUCAACGGGCAGGACCACAUGGACCUGUACGACGACUACGAGGAGGAGCCCAAGUCAGAUUACAGCAGCGAAACUGAGGCCCCCCCUCCUGUCAGCACGAACUGACCCCCCCACACCACCCCCCAACACCCCAAAACCCGCACACACCUCCCCAACACCCCCACACCACCCCCCAACACCCCAAAACCCGCACACACCUCCCCAACACCCCCACACCCCCACACCACCCCCCAACACCCCAAAACCCGCACACAUCUCCCCAACACCCCCACACCACCCCCCAACACCCCAAAACCCGCACACACCUCAAAACCCGCACACACCUCCACAAAACCCCCACACCCCCACACCACCCCCCAACACCCCAAAACCCGCACACACCUCCCCAACACCCCCACACCACCCCCCAACACCCCAAAACCCGCACACACCUCAAAACCCGCACACACCUCCCCAAAACCCCCACACCACCCCCCAACACCCCAAACCCGCACACACCUCCCCAACACCCCCACACCACCCCCCAACACCCCAAAACCCGCACACACCUCCCCAACACCCCCACACCACCCCCCAACACCCCAAAACCUGUACACACCUCCCCAACACCCCCACACCCCCACACCACCCCCCAACACCCCAAAACCCGCACACAUCUCCCCAACACCCCCACACCACCCCCCAACACCCCAAAACCUGUACACACCUCCACAACACCCCAAAGCCUGCACACGUCUCCCCAACACCCCAAACCUACAGCAAUGAUCCUGGGGCUCUGAAGACUGUGAGUGCUAACUGACCCCCACCCAAACCCCAAAACCCCUAAACCCCCAAACCCCCAAACCCCCAAACCCCCAAACCCCUGAACCCCUAUGCUGCGGGAGACAGUGAUGUGAUGUGUUCUGGAGAAAGAGACUAGUGAGACCAGGGACAAAAAAGAGGAAGGAAGACUGUUAAGAAGAAAAUGGAAAACAAGAAAUGGAUGGAAAGAGAUGAACUCUUUUUAAAGGUUUCCUCUGGAGGCUGGACACAGAGUUUUGCCUCUUGGUCGUAAGUGUGAAGCAGCUUGAUUGUUUUAUUUUUAUUUUUAUUAUUUUAAUUUUUGUUUUGUUUUGUUUUGUUCAUGGAUAUUGUACACAAUUAGGUCAUUGCGUGUAAUAACGUCAGAUUUCAGGACUUGAAAUUUUACAUUUAAUAUGAAUCCACAGCUGUCGGUCUUAUCUCAUGAAUAUAUACGUGCCAGUGUGUGAUUUUCUCUGGAAUGCUUUCGGUAGCGGGUUCUGAUCCCUCAGGAAUGCUGUGCCAGCCUACAGCUCGUGAAUGUUUUUAAUCUGAACUAUUUAAGAGAAAGGACAGAGAAACAGAACACGUCUACAGGUGUGCUACAAGCAGAGAAUGCAUCAGAUUUUCGUUAUUAUUAUUAUUAUUAUUAUUAUUAUUAUUAUUAUUAAUGUGUUUUAAUUUUGUUCAGUUCAGUUUUGACUACAGAUGUGCCAAACACAACCUUUCUUCAGUACACGCUUCUUAAAUUUUUGUAGUCUUAAAUUAGACACUGCAGAGAGUCUUAGACAGUCUUAUAUCUGAAGUAAAAGGCCUAACAAAGUGAGUCUUAACUCCACCCUCCUGUUCAGUCUCACCUCCUGAAGGUCUUACCCCCUGAAGGUCUUACCCCCUGAAGGUCUCACCCCCCUGAAGGUCUCACCCCCCUGAAGGUCUGACCCCCCUGAAGGUCUGACCCCCCUGAAGGUCUCACCCCCCUGAAGGUCUGACCCCCCUGAAGGUCCUACACUCCUGAAGGUCUCACCCCCUGAAGGUCUCACCCCCCUGAAGGUCUGACCCCCCUGAAGGUCUUACACUCCUGAAGGUCUCACCCCCCUGAAGGUCUCACCCCCCUGAAGGUCUUACACUCCUGAAGGUCCUACACUCCUGAAGGUCUCACCCCCCUGAAGGUCUCACCCCCUGAAGGUCUCACCCCCCUGAAGGUCUGACCCCCCUGAAGGUCUUACACUCCUGAAGGUCUCACCCCCCUGAAGGUCUCACCCCCCUGAAGGUCUUACCCUCCUGAAGGUCUCACCCCCCUGAAGGUCCUACACUCCUGAAGGUCUCACCCCCUGAAGGUCCUACACUCCUGAAGGUCUCACCCCCCUGAAGGUCUGACCCCCCUGAAGGUCUUACACUCCUGAAGGUCUCACCCCCCUGAAGGUCUUGAACUCCUGAAGGUCUUGUCUGACCCCCCUGAAGGUCUCACCCCCCUGAAGGUCUUACCCUCCUGAAGGUCUUAUGCUCCUGAAGGUCUGACCCCCCUGAAGGUCUUACCCUCCUGAAGGUCUUACGCUCCUGAAGGUCUUAUGCUCAUGAAGGUCUUACCCUCCUGAAGGUCUUAUGCUCAUGAAGGUCUUACCCUCCUGAAGGUCUUAUGCUCAUGAAGGUCUUACCCUCCUGAAAGUCUUAUGCUCAUGAAGGUCUUACCCUCCUGAAGGUCUUACGCUCCUGAAGGUUUCAAUGACGGAGGCUCAGCUCUCAGCUCCAGGGCUGAUUUGAGCAGUGAGGGGGGCAGAUCUGGACACAUUACAGCCUCACACUGCUGCAGUCCGUGUUCUUAAACGUCCCACGCCCGAGUGGGACACCUACUCUAAAUUCCUCGAUCUUAAAAUCUAUUUCUGCACUUAAGUAUGUACUGUACAGACACUUUAAAUCUUAACAGACACAGAAAGUCUUAAUCUCUGAGAGGCAGAUCUAAUUCUGAGCCUUGUUCCAGUCUUAAGAGACACAGCGGCCUGUUUCCAAAGACGUGGCGGAUGUGCUUCUGCUCAACACCACGAGUGUUACAGGUCCCUGCAGAGCGGGCAGUCCCAGGUCUCUCAUACAGAGCGGACUAGCCCAGGUCUCUCAUACAGAGCGGACUAGCCCAGGUCUCUCAUACAGAGCGGACUAGCCCAGGUCUCUCAUACAGAGCGGACUAGCCCAGGUCUCUCAUAUAGAGCGGACUAGCCCAGGUCUCAUACAGAGCGGACUAGCCCAGGUCUCUCAUACAGAGCGGACUAGCCCAGGUCUCUCAUACAGAGCGGACUAGCCCAGGUCUCUCAUACAGAGCGGACUAGCCCAGGUCUCUCCUACAGAGCGGACUAGCCCAGGUCUCUCAUACAGAGCGGACUAGCCCAGGUCUCUCAUACAGAGCGGACUAGCCCGGGUCUCUCAUACAGAGGGGGGAUUUCUGCAUCAUGAAGUGGUGGCAGUGUGUUGCUCAUCUCAGGGGGCCCCAGCUCCGGGGCGGUAAAAGUCGCUGGCCGUUCGGUGGUCUUGGUGUGAGAGGGUAGAAUGAGGGAGGGUGUGUGGGGCUGAGGAGAACGCGUCGCCUCAAACGCACCUUUAUGAUACUCCAGUCCUCUAACCGCACGGACUGUACAGUGUGUCCUUCAGCCAAGAGCGUCAUAAAAAAUUAAUAAAAAUAAAAUAUGUAUCUGCCGUUUGGAUCAUUGCUGUUUAUCUGCUGGUUAGGGUUAUCUGAGUUACUGCUUCACAUUCAUCAGGUCCUGAUGGCUCUUAUUCCCAUGCCCUCGCAGCAUUGGCUGUUGUAUUCUGAUCAAAUAUACACUGCCCUUCUUUAGCAAACUGUGUAUUUAUUAAGGUAUUGAAGCGUUUUAACAUUUCAGAGUCAGAUCUCCACAAUAUCCUUGCUUUUUUAAUGUCUUUAUGGUUAUUUUUGUGUGUUUUGGAUGUGUGGAGGUUGAUUUCCUUUACAAACGGAUUUAUUCUUCCCCAUACAGGCCGAUGUUUAGUGGCUCAUUUGUGUGGCUCAUAUUCUGCAGGUGGGUGCUGUUCUCGGGACUGAAACCUGACUGCUUGUUUUACAAAAAAAGAGAAACUAGUUUCAGUCACUCUCACAGAUGCAUUUCAUAAGUGUUCUGAGCACUGGAUAUAAAUGGUAUUUAUAUCAGGUCUGAUUAAUGUGAAGCUGUUCUAUAAACAAAAAAAACAAAACAAGUACAGUACUCGUGUGAGCUCGUCUCGCAGUCGCCAGAUUUGAGGAGUUAUUCUGUUUAUUUAUGCAGAGAUCCUGUUCUGAAUGGACACUUUGUGUCGGCUCCGGGGCUGCGUGGCAGCCUGAGGCGAGGCGAGGCGAUCAGGUGUGGAGAGACACUGGCCAGCCCAGGCACACCAGACUCCAGAAAGAGUUUUCUUCAUCCCUUAUGUUUGAGCUGCACAUUGUAUUUAAAGCGAUAUCGUACAUAUGGUUUAUCGUGUUUAUUCGCCCGUUUGGCUCUAAAGGUGUCAAAAAGAUUAACGGUAAAAUGUUAACCCGGAAUUAGAGGUCAAAACAAGUUUUUUACCUGACAAAAUUCACCAUCUCAUCAUAGGGUUUUUUUUUUAUUGUAAAUAUAACACGAGAAAAUAGAUUUCUAUUUUUGUUCAUGAAUAUGUAGUGAAGUAUAAGUUAUGUAUUUUACCGUUUGUUUUGUUACAUCAGUGUAUGUUACCCGUGAAUAUGACACGUGCCUGACCGCGCGCCUGUCGCUGGGAUGGUUUUGCUCCUCACUUGUUUUUUGUAAAAGCAGCCCAAUCUCAUAUUGGCAAUGCAAACUUUUGUCUUAUUUUAAAAACUCCCAAGCUAUCCCGGCAAUGUCAAAAGAUUCCUUGCAGUGGCUGGUAUACACAGCAAGCACUUAACGUGUAGAUUUUUCUAUACAGAGUGUGUGUUUACAAGUAAAGUAAAGUAAAAAAAUAAAAAAUAAUCAUAAAUGAUCUGAUCUCAUUCGCUUGAGUGGAUAGUUGUAUUCUAAGCAGUAGUAAAAUUGUAAAAAACAAAUACAGAUAUGCAUGCAUUUUUUGCAUAUGUUAUUUUUUUGUUUUUUAAAUUAUGGAAAUGAAUGGGUAAUUUAGUGAGGUUUGGUGAGCUUGUAAUAUGGGCCAUGUGCAAAUAUGUCUGGGCGUGUUCUGCACAUUGCAGAGCUGCGAGCGUUCCUGUCAGCCCAACACCGUCUCAAUUCUGACCUGGCGUUACGUUAGCACGUUAGCCUGGGCGGGUACUCGCCUGCAGAUUCUCCUGCUGGCUUUUACUUUUUAUUCAUAAUGGUCUUCGCCUGUAUAUAUAUAUAUAUAUAUAUAUAUAUAUAUAAACAGAAAAACGAAACGAAGGCAGGUCGAUGAAGACGAGUGUGUAAGCUGUUACUUGCAGUAUUUACUGUAACUUUUUUUCCCCUGACAUUGAAAUUUGUUUGUGAUGUAUAUUGUGAUAUUUUGUGUUAAUUUAAUCAGCACAAUUAACUGACAUGCUAGCUGCUGUUCUGUAGUGUGAGGGUUUGCUGGCGGCACUACCCGCGAUGUCUUCAGCGGUACUUUGUGUUUUUAUUUUAGCUUCUCUGCAGCAGCGGCAGCAGCAGCUGUGGCCCGGGCUUUGAUCCGUGGAGAACGGUGGUCUCAGCCGGUACCACAGCCCACAGCACGGUGCCGUUUGGCCGGUACCACCGCCCACAGCACGGUGCCGUUUGGGCGGUACCACAGCCCACAGCACGGUGCCGUUUGGGCGGUACUUUAGACAAUACAAUUAGUGUCUGUUGCUGCUUUGAAAGGAAAAAAAUGUUUUAAAUCUGAAAAUGUAAAUAGUUUAUCAGAAUAUCUUGUACAGACCAGUGUAAAGUUUUUAAUUGAACUUAAAAAAGGUUGCCAUAACAUUUGUGUUCAUGACCUUUAUACAGUACAAAGGACUGCUGUUUGCUAAGGAUAUUAUUGUUUAAAAAGUUUUUUUGGUUUGGCUUCAAAUGUAAACCAGCAAGUCAUGGGUUUUCAUGUGCAGUAUUGUGGUGAGAAACUAAAGGUAAAAUAAUUCUACAGUGGUACACACAGAGACCUGUCUCAGUGGACGUACAGAGACCUCCUGUUAUCUUAGUAUUAAUAUAUCAAAGACGAAGCACCAGUUGAGUGACACCUUAGCUUUGUGUACAAAUCCUUUGGUAUGUUUUCCCAUGGGUUGGAUUAUUGACAUUGUAUUGUAUCACCAUCAGAAUGUGUAUUUGCAUAUGUACAUAUGUACACCAAUUCAGAAUGUGUAUUUGCAUAUGUAUGGAUAUGGACGGAUCAUGGAUGGGGAGGGUAGGUAUAGCUCAUUUUACCUCAAAAAUACCCUCCUUUUCCGAAAAAGAAAAACCAACAACAAAAAAAAACGUUUCACCAUCACUCCAUCUUUUGUACUGCU